AUCAUAAAAUGCCGCUAAUAAAAAAUACAGUUGUUUGGUUUGGUUUGUAUCCGCUUUCGUUGGGUGAUUAGCCAUUUUGCUUUUUGCUCAAUUCUAGAGAAAGCCGGUUUCCCAUAAUUUCGCAUCUACCUCAAAAUUUGUAUCUUUAUCGUUUAAAAAUCGCUUUACAAUUUACAUUUUAGUACAUUUAAUCAUUUUAACACUAAAAUAAAGAACUAAAGGUGUGUGUAAAUUUGUUUCUGGAGAGUACCGUUGUUUUCUCAGCUUAACCUUUAUCUCUUUGUGCAGAAUUUUACCAUGUCCGCAUCUCUUAAGAGAAAGAGGGCUCCCUCGAAGAAGGCAGCUGGGAAGAAAAAUAAGAAAAGCUUAGACAUGGAUUCGGAUUUAAGUGAAGGCAGUGGUGGUGAAAAUAAUGUUCAACCUGAUGAAGUCCUCAUAGCCGGACAUGGGGAUAUUGAUGAAACCCCUUUGCCAAAAGAGUUGUUGAAUACCAUAAUCAAGCCUGCUGGACAGCUGGUCUUUUUCGGAAAUGUGAACUGGGACACGAUGGGCAAAAGGGAAGUAAAGGGACAGAAAAUUUUGCCUAUGUUGUAUUGGCCCCACAGGUUUACUGAUCUAAGGAUUCGUUCAGUUGUAAGCGGAUGUGUGGCAGGUCAUUCCAUCCUAGUCACAGAAGAAGGUAAAGCAAUGACUUUCGGCAGAAACCCUCAAGGUCAACUAGGCCUGGAUGAUACUGAAUCCAGGACAACACCUACUUUGGUACCUGGACUGGAGAACAUGAACAUUAUAGGUGCUGCAUGUGGUCGACAUCAUUCAUUGUUUUUGACAGACAGUGGGACUGUAUAUGCAUGUGGAGAUAAUAAGUCGGGCCAAUGUGGCGUAGGAAACUUACAACCCCAAAUUUUAGUACCAACGAGGAUCAAUUAUAGAGGACCUCCUAUAAUAAAAGUAGGCGCUGGCGCUGAAUUUUCUGUUAUUCUUGACAUAAAAGGUGGUCUCCACUCAUUCGGCUUGCCUGAAUAUGGUCAACUUGGACAUAACACUGAUGGCAAAUACUUCAAAACCAGCACCAAACUGUGCUUCAACUAUCAAACCAGUCCAAAGCGCAUUGUUCUAUACAUAGAGAAGAGUAAAGAUGGACAUGUUUCAGCAGUGGAUGUCACUGAAAUAGUAGACUUUUCGUGUGGUCAGAACCACACUGUCGCUAUUGAUAGUAAGAAGAGGGCAUUUUCAUGGGGAUUUGGAGGAUUCGGAAGGCUGGGACAUGCGGAGCAGAAGGAUGAGAUGGUACCCCGUCUCAUAAAAUAUUUUGACAGCCAAUCCAGAGGCGUGCGCUCAGUUCAUUGUGGUUCAACAUACUCGUUAGCCGUGACAGAGUUCAAUGGUCUCUACAUGUUUGGUCAAACCAAAAAAACUGGCGAGGCUAACAUGUAUCCUAAGCCCAUCCAAGAUCUUGCUGGUUGGAAUAUCAAGUGUAUAGGCACCGGCCAAACCUCCAUUAUUGUAGCCGCUGAUGAAAGCGUUAUUGCAUGGGGAGCCUCACCUUGCUAUGGGGAACUCGGCUUGGGCGAUAUGCAGAAGACGAGUACUACACCAAAAGAAGUCAACAAACUGUCUGGUACAAAAGUGACAAGCCUCACCAUGGGCAUCUGUUUCACCCUUCUCGUCGCAUCAGACGAAACCCCCGAACAAAAACAAAAACUGGAAACGUUGAAAGAAUAUACACCUUAGAUCAAUAAGAAACUAUGAAACACUUAGGUAGUAAGUUAUUCCAUGUAUUUAUGUCACUAAUGAUAUGACCGUUAGAGCAAUCGACAGCUUACACUACACACUUCCCUUUUUCUUUGAAGUGAGAAAAAAGUAUGAACGGAACACCAUCUAAGCGAGUGGCAUUAGGGAAUCUUUUUUGACUUAGCUGGUUUAGUACCGACAAAAAUUAUGCACUUCUUAAAUUUUUCUGUUUGAUCUAAUUCACGAGAACAUGAAUUGUGGUAAUACUCUAGUUGGCCCCAAUAUUGUUUGUACGUAGACUCGUUGAAGCUUUAAAUGAUGCAGAUUUUCCAUCAAGGAGAGACACUAUACAUGUAUACUAAUAUCAUUCCAGUGCAGUCUUGAAUAACGACCUCUGGGCUUAAUUAAAAGUGAAACAGAUUAUUUAUCCCUUCUGUAUCCGUCCCACGUAUGGUAAAAGUCCAACAAAUUAGUAGUGUUGUCAAAUCCUCGUAUGUAUAAUUAAUUGCCAGAUAGAAAAAAUUAAGUACUGUAAAUACAUAGCACAGAUGAUAAUUUUUAUUGGUACAAAUCCACUUGUAUAAGUCUUGAUGUACAUAAUUCAACAUUUCAUUCAAUAAAAUAUUGAUAUAAUUAUCAUCAACAUCAGGUACUAGUUCAACAUAGAAAUAUUUUUCGGUAUUUUUUAACGUGGUGUAAAAUAGUCAUUUUUAACCUGUUUUUUUUUUUGUAUGGUGUACAUUUUUAUAAUUCGUUUAUUUUGGAUAAGAGAACAAAGUCUGAAUUUUUUUCUCACUUCGAUUUUGUUAAAAUAUUUGAGCUGUCAACUUUUGACGUAAAGUAAAAUUUUCAGGAUAUACAUCUGAAAAUUCUUUUAGGAAUUAAAUGACUUGGUGGCAACAUUUUUAUAAUAAUUUUUUUACUAAAUUUGGUAGAUUUUGUCUUCGGUAAAUAUUUUGACAUAUAUAAUUUGUUACGAGGUAUUAUAACAGUGUUUGUAUCAUUUGAAGAAACCCUUACAUCUAUGAUAAAUAAGAGUUUCCUGUUUGCUCUAUCUUGUGUUAUUUGAGUCAUCUUAUAUCAUUAUAUGAGUGUCUUAUUCAAAUAUUUUAAGUAACUGGGAUCUCCAAUGUAUUCAAAAUGUACCUUUAGUUUUUUUUUAAAGCCUAGUUCAUCUGGUGGUGCCAAAAAUUCCAGACUAUUGUCAGAAAUUGAAACAUUGAAUGUAACGUAUUUUCAAUUAAGUUGUGGUUUAUUCCUAUUAAAUGCGUUACUGAAUUCUUCUGUAGCUAUAUUUUCCGUCACUAACAUAUCAUCUGCAUACCUCAAUGACAAAGCUUUUCUCCAUUUACAUUGAUACUUUUGUUCGUAAGAUAAAAGCUACCAUAUCUGGUAUUCUCCAGACAUACUGCAUGCUACGCUGAUAAUUCUUGUUGUCGCUCUCUUACUCCAAAACUAGGUGUGGUGUUUUGAUGUGGGUUUAUUUAUAUUUUUGUACUGAUCAUCAAUUCAGCAUUCUGUCAAACUUUCUAAUAUUUUUUGUUGGUUUAUUGUGUCGAAGAUCUUUUCAUAAUCCACAAAUAAAUUACAUGCCUAUUUUUCUACAUACAUGCAAUACACAACCAACCACAGAAAUGGCACUGGAGUACCAAUGGAGUUGAAAAAAGGAGGUAUCAAUUAUUCUAAGGAGGUGUCCUGAGACCAGGAAGGGUCUUGAUACCAUCACAAUAGUUAUACCCAUAUCUGCUUCGUAUCAAGGAGGUAUCACAAUAAUACAUCAUACAAAUUAAUGUUUUGAGGUAAAACCAGCUUAGUAUCAUUCAAAUGAUACUGAUUUCAAUCUAUACCUUUGUUCCGUGGUGGUUGUGCGGAAACAAUUAAAUGAAAUUAAAAUAAAUGUAAACACAACAAACUGUCAAUAAUAUAUUUAUUUGUGUCGGUAAAAUAGCGUGAAUAUUUUUCGAAAGAGGGUUUGUUAUUCUUUGCGAGUGUGGUGGUGUGACUGCACAGGGUGCCCGCUGUGACUAUACUGAACUAACUAACUACAAACAUGAGUCCGUCAUUAUGUGGUUUCAAGAAGUUGACGGCUAGAACCCAUUUAAAAAGUGAUUUAUUGACAUAAGGUCUGAUAAGGUAAUUUCCCAUACAUUAACUGAACAGGCCAUUAACAUCUGGUGUUUUAAAAGCUGAAAAGGCAUUUUACCUGAAUACACACUGAUAUAUUUCGUUUCUUAACUUAACAGGCCCUUCUAUGCAUAUGGUUUGUAUAUUAAAUGUGAAUUAUAAAUGGGACGUAUUAUUUCAUUUUGAAAAAGUUAUUAAAAAUUAAAAUUAGCAAAAUAGUAAUUGAAGCGUGUCGCCACACCUUGUAACAUCUCAUACCCUUCCUUGUAAUGAUUUGUAUAUUCAUUUUAUUCCGAAGACAAAUUAUCUACCCUGUAUACGAGUUGAAAUUUUUGGACUACUUUCUAGAUAUACAUAUUUUUUAUUUUGCAGUAUUUUUUACUUUUGUACAUUCGAUCUUUUAUCGUAACUUAAUCAUUGUUAUAAUUAGGCAUUGGCUCUGGAAGUUAUAUUUAUAUUCUACAACAAAAAUUUGUGUACUUGACUACUCUCUGGACAUUACAAAAAUUUUGGAGAGUGUGUUUUAAAUAUUCAUAUUUUUACCAUUGGCUAAUCAUUUCAUUUGACUCAUUGCCACAUACAAAGUCAUGUAAAGUAAAAUAUAUACAUAUUUUGUGAAAAUAAAACGGAAGCAUAAAACUUUUUGUUUAUGUUUCCUUAGUAUAAAAACUUUUUUUUAUUUUUAUAUUAUGAUAUGCCAACCACAGUGAAUUUUCCUGCAGGGAUUUCUUAUAUAUUUUUUAUUGAUGCUGUCACUAUAUUAUAAAUUAUCGUAAUUAUCAACCAGUACUGCCAAGUUUCUAUUUUCAUUUAACUUUUACUGCAUUUCCAGAGUUAUACAAAUUGCACUGCAAAGAUCAUGUUUAGAUUAGAUGUAAUAAAAUAAAAUUUCCUAGACAACUUCGUUUUUUUUACUCUUUCGAUACUUGUAUUUAUAUUAGGUUGAAUAUGUUUAAUUCUACACUCAAAUAUCGAAUGUAUUAUAUAUAUUAGAUGUAUUUUUUGUAUUGUUUAAUUGUACCUUCUUCGAAAUAAACAUUUUACAUUUAAAA